CAUAUGAACCGCCUGUUCAGCGGGUGAUCCAACUAAGCCAAUUGGAUUUCUCAUGUGGGUUAUCAGUGGCUAUGCCCACCCGUCGAAAGAAUUUGGACUUAAGCAGACUGAAACGUUCCUCUAAAAGGAAUAGAAUAUAUGAUUUAUUCUCCUCCCGUAAAUAUUUAUAUAUUCUUAACUUGCCAUCAUCACAGUUACGUACAGUACCUCUUAAUAUUCCUAAUAUGGGGGUUGUUGUUGUUCAUAAAUCGGUCAACAGAUAUGAGAUUUGAGUACUUUUGGCCUGGAUGGCUUUUCAUAUGCUCAAUACAUGACUCUGUGAAAUUUCAAGGAAUGCAAUACACAAUUGUUUUUAUUAUAAUUGUGUUAACAGUAGACCUUGUCUGCUUCUUUGUGGUUCCUGUAACAUGGGUCUACAUUUGUGGUAGCGCAUAUGUCUGGGUUUACCUCUUGUGGCACACAGAUCAAGGAUUAUGCUUCCUUACAUUAUCUUUAUGCUUCGUUUUUGUGUACUUUGAGCUUCAUUUCUACCCAAAAGAUAUUCAGUCUAACCAAAGCAUUUACCUUUUCCGCCCAUUUGCAGCACACAGCAUUGGUUACUCGGUAGUUUGUACGGGGUUUUCCAUUAAACGGUACUUGGAUAUAAGAUACCGCAAUUUUAAAAGGAUUGAUGUCAGGCGACAGAACUUUCUGCAUUUCCGAAUUCUUCACGAGGCCCUCCCACCCUCUGCUGUAACUGAUAGCUGUUGCGUUCAAAACUGUCUGGAUUAUUUACAAAAAGAACUGCUCAAAGUCGAUGGAGGAAAGAUAUCUGAAGAUUUUUCAUCCGAUGCCUCCGGUCGGUCAGUAGUUAUGUUUCUCCGUUUUGGUCAGUCAUGUCUCAGUUGUUUAGGUCGUUGGGCUUUCGGGCAUUUUGGCACCGUCGACAAACACCACUCGGAUUAUGACAGCAGAAAUGGAGGUACUCACAAUAGCUGUGCAAUAAGAAGUGCGGCUAUGCCAAAUAUAUGUACCAGCGAUAGUGGUCGACGUCGAACUGCACAGUGUCUUGAACCAUGUCCACCUACGUCACAAGCCAACCGUCGAUAUGCUGCUGAGUCUCCGAUGACUUCUGAUUCUCAUUCUAAAACUCCAGUUAACGGUUGUCUUACUAAACAGUGUACAAGUGGGAAGCCGGUGCGGGAACGAGGCACGAAAGAAGACCCAGUAACAAGAUUAGAAAAUAAUGUUCGACGCCUCCGCUGUGAUGUACAGUCCAUGCGUGCAUUAGAAACCCAACUGCGUAACCAGCUUGAAAAUCUACAACGUGAUGAUCGUCUUAAUCGGCUCAGCUUGUCUAACCAACGGCAAGAAAAUGAAGCCUUGUCAUCGCGUAUCUCGAAGUUAACUAACAGGUGUCGAAAUGAGAAAGCAAAUCUAAACAAUGUGGAGCAGAGUCUAAAUGAAGAAAUUCGUUUACGUCAAUUAGUUGAAGCUCAGCUCACUGAAAUGAACGUAAUUCCAGUGUGCAAUAUAUCCAAGACAAAUAGUAAUAUUUCAUCUAGUAGCUCAACCGAACAGAGUACUCCAACAUCCGUUGCUGCUAUUCAAGAAUCCGCUAGUAAUGAGGUAGCAACCAAUGCUGAUACAAUACUUCAGCAAAAUGAUGCUCAUAAUGUUAUGAAUAAUUAUUGCUGUAAAUUGCGUCAGCUUCUUGAAUCAAAACUUUAUACACUUAGAUUAGCUAUCAAGCAUCGUGAAAAUUUAACACUAGCCUCUCAAAUGAGUCCUUCUGACCAAUUGACAAAGAAAUGUUUAACCAAUAUCAGUUCAAAAACAGUAGUGACGUCGGCGUUAAUGGCGGUUCUCACCAGUAUGAACCACAUUCGUCGACAUCUAAACUUCAGUCGGGGCAUUUAGCAGGCAAAGAUACUUGUUGUAGAAUUUUGAGUUCUGAGGAUAAAAAUGCUAACGGCACGAGUAAUAAUCAUGAAACAUCGACAAAUAAACAUAGACAUGCAUUUUUAGAAAACUGUUUUAAUUUAGCAAAUGAAGAAAGAGAACGCUUAGCGAGUAAUUUACGAACGGAGAACUGGCAGAAACAAGAGUUGCUCACAUUAUACCACACAUCUGUACGAGAAAUAACUGAACUAAACAAAACGCUUAAACAGCGUGACUUACAAAUUCUUGAGCUUACGGUGAAAAUAGAACAACUUGAGUGUUUACCAAAGGCUACUAAAACAUACGAUUCUGUCAGUCUUGGUGGAUAUACUGCGAUAUCAGCAGCAACAACAACUCAGUCGCCGUCUAAUUUGUAUACUGAUUAUUUCCCGACAGGAGAUAAAGAUUUCAACUAUGAUAAACAACAGGUAAAUAUUUGAGAUCAAAAAUUCUUCGAUUUUCUUAUCGUCUUCAUUCGUUUCACACUAAGAAAUAGUUUUUUUUUUCUUCAGUUGUUUGUUUGUGUGACUGGGAAAUUGUCGUAUAAGUUUGGUUUGUUUCCGUAUCACAUAUUUUAAGGGUAUGUAAGGAAAACAUCCCAUAGUUCUGGUGUAACAACAGAAGACAAGGGCCAGGCAACAGAUCGUUUUAUUAUGAAAAUCAACACGUAUUUAUACAUCUUUCAACUACAUUAUUAUAGACAAUCGCAGUCAUCUGAUUGGUUGUUUAGGUAGACAAACGCAGGCUUCUGAUUGGUUGUUUCGGGAUUCCUUGACAAAUAGAGUUCUCUCUGCGAAUCAUAUUCUGCCACGUUAACUUUGCUGUGAUUGGUUGUUGACUCAGGCUUGUUCAUAUUUUCUCACGGCCCAUAUUAGUGACCUAGACCUUAACGUAGAUUAGUGCCAACCAAUCGGCUAGCAGCCUGCUCUCACCACACUGGCAAAACAUUGAGCUGACAUGUUUUGGUUAUUAAAGCAGUUAAAAUGGUGUAGAUCAACACAAUCCUAGGUUUCUUCGUUACAUUAUCUGCACAUCUAUCUUCAAUGAUAUUCUUUGUGAUGAUACACUAUAUUUUGAAAUUUUUAAAAACCCAUACUAACUUAUUUGCCUGAAACGAUUUCGUUAAAUUAAUUUUCGAUGUAGUUUUCAUUUUGGUUCUUUGUGGAGUCAAGCAUAGAGUGCAGAAAACAUCUUUCUACAAUGAAUCUAUGACUGUUCUAAUUUGCUUCUGACAAUAUGGUUAGCUUUCAUUGCGUUUGUCAGUAAUGUGUCAUCGUCAACCGAUGCUUCUAUAUCUUUUCUUUCAACAGCAAGAUUUUGUUAGGACUUUAUGUAUGAAGCAAAAAUUUAUCAAGAAUUAUGUUGCCUUUAUAACAGCAGCUUUAGAAUAAUUAUGGUUUGCCUAAUUAUUAUUGAUAUGUGUUGUAGUACAAUGGUCAGUGAGGAAAACGUUUUGCUCGUGUCAUGACUUGCUCACCGAUUUCCAUCUCCAUGUUUGAAGUUUUUAUGAAAGGUAAGCUAACUGUUAACUUAGUCAGUAUUGCAGUCGUAAUACUGAUGAUAAACUACUUUUUUUCUACUUUGAAUAUUUAGAUUUCAUCAAUGCUGUCAGGCAAUUCCGAUAUAGUAUUUUCUGGCGCUUCUACGAACACACUUGAGAGCAUGUUUAUUCACCCCACUUCGGGAAAGUAUGAUCAUAAUAAUAAUGGUUACUCACAAAAUCCUAGAUUUUGUGUAACGUCACCUACGCCACCAAUAGCUUCAUUCACCAAUCUGACAGGCUAUCACUACCCUAAAAGCUCUGACCAGGCAACUUACCGCUAUAAAACUAAGCAAAAUCAUCAUCAGAUUCUUUUUAGAGGUAACACUAACCAUGGAUGCUCUUCAACUGCACAUUUUAAUACUAACCUGUCAUCGUCUUGUGUAUUGCCAUCUGAAACCUGUUCUUCCUCAUCUUCAUCGUCUUCUUGUUCAUCAAACGCCAACUACUCAAUGCAUAGAGAUAUGCAAAUAUUUAAUAAUUAUAAAGAAACACCUAUAGUCACAUCACUUUCUGGUGGUUGUUUAACUGCACGUCAACAGAAGGACCAAAAACAACAGCAAAAUUUAGCUGCUGAUGCAACCUAAUUAUUAUUAUUAUUCAUAUAAUUAUUGUUAUUAUUAUUACUACUACGAUAAAGCAAUUUUUAAAUAAAUGUAUCGCUUACCUCUGAGUAAGUAUACACAUCCAUACCAAAAUACAUUGUUUUGCAUCUCUUCGCUAGUCGUCUACCCGAGAAUACGGUCUGUGUUUUACAGUGUUUUUUGUGUAACGUUACAAUGUGACAUGGACUCAGCCAGACACAAAAGAAUUAACAAAUCUACUAUACAAUCUG